AUGGUGAACGUCCUUUGGGGUAUCGGUGCAAUGACACUGGAUGGGCAGUGCACCGCAGCAGAGGUCCUUGCGAAGUUCAGAGAAGCAAUGAAGCUCGAGGACUGGUCAGAGGCCAGCUUCAAGCAGACCGUUGACCUUUACCGCUUGGUACCCGUGACUGAUCACGUCAGUGGACUGGCAGAUCAGGAGCAGCUUCUGGUGCACAUACCUGGCUCGCGCAUUACCUGCGAGGCCAUAGAGGACGUGUAUCGGCAGCUGGAAGAAGCGGAGCUCCGCUACGAGCGGACUCGUGAGGCCGUUGCAGCGCUGGGAGAGGCCAUGGAGUCGCAGGAGGCGCCUGCAUCAGUAGAGAGCGGAAGGGUCAAGGAUGAUCUUCAUCUCCGGCAGGAGAACGCUAACCUCAGGAAGCAGCUUGAGGUUCUCGAGUACGGGCGGCGCAUGAGUGAGCAGCGAGCACAACUCAGCGAGGAGAGCCAAGCCCAGCUCAUGCGAGAGGUCUCGCAAUACCGCCAAGAGGUUACACCUCGACGCCCUGCUGGUCCGGCUGUGCGGCAGGUUGCAGGGGCACCAUUUGGCCCUGUGCCAACUUUACACUUCUCUUCCGGCACAGUCGCCCCUGCUCCUCCACUGUCCAACUGCAUGGCAAGUUCCCAGCCAGGGAGUAACCCGGUGACUCCUCGCACGACGCAGCUGAGGAUUCAGACCAGAACGCAGGCGAGGGGGGCGGCAGCCAGUCCAGUUCCUGCCUUUGGCCAGGCUCGAGUGGCCUACGGCUACAUGAGUGCAAUGGACAGGAUCCCCCGUGAACCCCUCAGUGCAGCUGCACCGCCCCAGGUGCCCAUGAACUCAGCUGCAGCCUUAAGCCUCAAGCUGCUUCAAAGGGUACGCCAAGUCUUGGUUGAGUUCGGCUCCAAGGUGGGCGUCACAGCGGCGGCUGCAGCCGCAGCGGCUGGUGGCAGCAAGUCGCGAGACCGGGAGAGUUUCUUGAUGCUCAGCAAGUGGCAGAAAUGGGCAUCUAACUACUCGGAAGACGAGAAGUACCUAGGCUUCGAUAACACUCACGGCCAGCAACAGUCGAUUCUACGACGGACGCUCUUGGGUGUCACGUGUUUUCUUAUGGUUUUUGGUGGUGCUUGGAUGAUCGUGGAAGCAGUCGGGAGCUCCAGCACAACGGAGGCAUGUCCGAAUCACAACACAGCACUGUCCUACGAAGGGGAGAUGAUGCAAGAGAUCGCGGUGUGCAAGAUGGCACGUUCGUUGAAGAUGGGCGAUGAUUUCAUCGCAACGAGCAUCAAGUACUACGUACUGCAUGCGAAGAGUAGAUCCAGCAAAACAUCUGCAGCCACUGCCGUCGCAGGGGUGCAGAAGUCAGGCGGUGGAUCUGCAGUGAACGGCACCAGCACGGCCUCGAAGCCGAGUUCGGGCACAUCACCUGACAAAGGUGCAGUUUCGAACGACGGGGCCGACCGCUUUGCCGUGAACCAAAAAGAGGUCCUCGAGCUGUGCAAGAGGCGAUUCUUCUACAGACCGGGGUCUGACAUCUACGGUGGAGUUGCGGGCUUCUUUACGUACGGACCGCCUGGGUGUGCAGUGAAGAACAAUCUCAUUCAUGCGUGGAGACAAUUCUUCGUAAUUUCCGAGCACCUUCUCGAAAUCGAGGACACCUGCAUCAUGCAGCAUUCCGUCCUCAAGGCGUCCGGGCACGUGGACCGCUUCAACGACUUCAUGGUCAAAGAUGUGUCCGAUGAGUCCAAGUUUUUCAGAGCCGACAAGUUGCUCGAGGACGUCAUGGACGAAAAGCUGAAGGCCGCCGACUUGACGGAAGCUCAGCGCGUUGAGUACACCUCUGUGCGAAACCAGGCCGAUGCGUACUCCCAGCAGGAGCUGCACCAGAUCUUUCAGAAGUAUCAGAUCAAGUCUCCCGAGACUGGCAAUGACUUGAGCGAGCCCUAUGAGUUCAACCUGAUGUUUCCGACCCCUAUUGGCCCAGGGGGCUACCUGCAGGGCUACCUCAGGCCGGAAACUGCGCAGGGCAUCUUCUUGAACUACAAGUUCUGCUUAGAGCAGAACUCAAACCGGCUCCCGUUUGGAGUGGCCCAGGUCGGGCGGUCUUUCCGCAACGAAAUCGCGCCUCGGGCAGGGCUGACAAGACAAAGGGAGUUCACUCAAGCGGAGAUCGAGUACUUCGUGAAUCCCAAAAACAAGGCACAUCCCAAGUUCAAGAUGGUCAAGGACAUCGUCCUGACCCUCUUCCACUCAGAUGCGCAACUCUCAGCACAGGAGCCUGUCAAAAUGGCAGCAGGCGAGGCUGUUAGCCGUGGCCUUAUCAACAACGAGACCCUCGCCUUCUUCAUUGUGAGGACGUAUCAGUUUCUCUUGCACAUCGGUCUGGAUCAGGCCUUUGUUCGAUUCCGGCAGCACUUGCCAACAGAGAUGGCGCACUAUGCUUGCGACUGCUGGGACGCGGAAAUCUUCGGUUCGUAUGGGUGGCUGGAGUGUGUUGGCAUUGCGGACAGGUCUGCGUUUGACCUAAACGCUCAUGCUCGCGCCGCGAAAUGUGACCUGCAGUACAAGGAAUCGCUGGAGAAGCCAAUUGAGAGGGAGGUCCUGGCACUCACGAAGAAAUCUGGCGUGGACAUCAUGAAGGCCUUCAAAAAAGAUGGACGCGCAGUGAAGGAGUUUAUAGAGAAACUCCCACAAGAGGAGAUUGAAUGCAUAGCAAAGCAGCUGGAGGGCGGAAAAGCAGAUGUGCAGGUGGAGGGUUCAUCAUUCACAUUGACGAAAGAGCUGGCGGUCUUUGAGCGAAAGAUGGAGAAGCAGACUGUCAACGCUUUCACACCUGGCGUCAUCGAACCUUCGUUUGGCAUUGACCGCAUCUUUGCUUCUUUGCUCGAGCACGUCUACUACGCCCGUCCGAAGGAGGAGGCGGGAGACGACAAAGACAAGCAGACCCGUGGUGUUUUGGCUUUCGCUCCAUCCUCCGCACCGUACAAGUGUGUCAUUUUACCGCUGGACCAGCGGAUUGCCCGCGACGAGCGCUAUCUUAACAUGAUGGAUGCAUUUCAGCUAGAGCUUGUUGAGCUGGGCUUGUCGUUCACUCUUGAUGAGAGCAAUGCCACCAUCGGAAAAAGGUACUCUCGGAACGAUGAGCUCGGAAUUCCAUAUGCUGUUACUUUUGAUUUCGACACCUUGGAGAAAGAUCUGGAAGAUCUGGCGAGCACCAAAAUUGAACUGCUGAAGCAAUUCUUCCAGGCAGAGCCACCAAAGGCCAAAGGUGAAGAUUUGCUGGAACUCUGGGAACAAAUCUACGACGAGACGGCCAGAAGUACGGUAGUUGAGACAGCGGCUGGGCUAUCGGAUGACAGCAUCAAUGCAGCUCUCCCCUAUGAGAAGCUCUACGCUAUUGUAGGCGACGGCGGCCAUUGGAAGUGGCCGCGCAUCUGGAGGCGUUUUGACGAGCUCGAACGGCGAGGAGCCGCCUACCGCGAGGGAGAGCCCACGAACUUCGGCCUGGCGAAUCCAAACCCCGACAUUGAGCCGCAGACGGUGCUCGUCGUGGGUGGUGGGCCAGUUGGACUGCGCCUGGCCAUCGAGCUCAAGCUGGGAGGUCACCACGUAACCGUCUUCGAAAAGCGGCGCGAGGUACGGGACGAAAGUGGGCAGUUGCAGCAACUGGGGUUCACCAAUCGAAUCAACCGGCCGCAUGUCUUCAACUUCCUGCGAAACGACCUGGACCGGCUGAAUGGCCGGGAUUUCAUGUCUUCCAAGAUGUGCUACCCGGUUUUCACUCAAGCGGAUACAUCCUCGAUUGGCAUCGACGAACUUCAGCUGCUCUUGCUCAAGAAUGCCCUGCUUUUGGGCGUUGACUUCCGCAUGGGAAUGUCGUACGAGGCUGCCGAGAUUGUUCUGGAUCCACGCACUCAGAAGCCAAGGUGGAAAGUCAAGUUCACGUGUGAUGAGCAGGGAUCCCGCAGCUACGCGGUCCCUCUCGGAGAAAAUUUCCAGACCUUCGAUGUCCUCAUGGGCUGCGAUGGUGCCCGCAGCCGUGUUCGAGAGUCGCAGAAGCAGAUCUUCGGAGAGGUCGACAAGCGCAACUUCAAGAAGAUGAUCGGCGUCGUGGCCAACGUCCAGAAAGUGUCGCGGCAGCGGCUGAAGGAUCUUGGAUUCGCGAGUGGCCAGGAGCCCACAGACAUGAAGCGGGCACAUUUGGCAAGUGGAGCAGGUAACAUGGCCGGACUCAACUACUACAAGGCUUCCUUCCACAACUACGUCAUCUUCACACCCAGCAAGGAAGACCUGCUAGCGGCCGGCUUCAGUGGAAGCAUUUACUCCUUUCACUCGGGCCGUGACAAGGUGAAUCCAAACAAAGCUGAGGAGAAGCUGCGCUUGAAAAGAUGGGUCCUGGCGAGAUGCAAAGAGGUCGGUAUUCCUGUCGAUGAGACCCUCAGCAACGGUGGCUUCGUUGAAGAGCCCAACGACGUCAUGGCUUUCGACUUCUCCGAAAUAUGGAAAUGCAAGAAGAACUUUGCCUUCAACUUGCCUCCCAUCGGGUACGACACUGAGGUGCAUGGGCCCUGGACAGGAAAGUCUUUGGUGCCGCCGAUAGGCUUGGUUGGAGAUGCAGUGACGGAGCCAUUUUGGAUCGCCGGUGUGGGCUUGCAGCGUGGUUGGAACGGCGUGAUGGAUGCAUGCUUCUUAACCGACAACCUGUACAACAUGAGCUUCUCUGGUGGGCCCGAUUCUGCAGACACCACGUCCUGGAAUGAGCAUGUUCAGAAGUUGCAGAGCAUCAUCCCGGUCCUCUAUGACUGCAGUCAUGAUGGCAAAAUGACCAGAGAAGGCUUGCAGGGAGAAUAUGCGGACCAGGGAGUCGUCAUGACGCAGCUGAACAAACAGCAAAAGGACUCGGAGAAGCCCCAGUGGCAGCUGCAAGUGAACCCCUGGAUGCGCUACGAGCAGUUCUCAAAGCAGUUGGAUGAAAAAUACAAAGGUGCACGUGUUCUGGAGAAUAUGCAUCCUACGGUGCGGCGAGCACUGGCCAUCAGGAAGCACCCGAACGACAGCGAGGUUUUCAGUGCCAAAAAGCUGAAGUCCAUCAACGGAAAGAGCAUUGCACAGGCAAACCCAGCAGAUCAAGUCCUUCAGGAGAGGCGAAAGUCAUCUGGCGAUGCUCAGUUGCAGCCUAUGCCGGCAGAGAGAACGUCCAUACCGGAAACCGAAGUGGCGAGGCGUGCAUCCACAAAGUCCGAGAACUUGCACAACAUGCUAGCAAAGCAAAUCGACCUUCACGUUCAAAGCACAGCUUCCAACAGCACAAGAGGCUUUGAUGACGAACGGUGGAAACCUUUGUCCCCGAAGGCGACCGGCUUUGCCGAGAUGGCUGAGAAGCAGUGGGACAUACUUACAGAAAAGCAUCUCAGCCCUGGCCAGCGUGCCGAACUUCUUCACGUUCGGAACAUGCAGGUAUCCCUGCGGCAGCAGAUCGAAAGCCUUAGCACCAGCCUGGCGGCAUUCGAGCGUGCCGAGCGGGAGCUUCUCCUGGGGAGUGGAUAG